AUGCCUCCCAAACAAGUUGCUAAGGUCGAGUCCGAGGACCAGGAGAUGAGCAAUGGCAAUGGCAGUGGCACGAACAACACAGCACAAUCUCCUCCGGCAGCAGCACCCUCGCCCAUUACCGUUCCAAGCGGAACAGCGACACCCACCUCCACAACCCCCAACACUCCAGCUGACACCCCAGCCCCACGUCCAACACCAACCACCCGCCCCUCAACAUCUUCAACGACAAGAGGCCGAGGCACUACUUCCCGCCGUCGAGUCGCCGCGCCCAAGUUCGCCGGGAGAAGAAGUGCGGCUGCGCGUGCUGAAGCGGAGAAGGUGGAGGUGGAGAGGAAGAGGGUGGAGAAUGAGGGGAGGGUGAAAGCUGAGGCUGCGAGGGCGAGGAGGGAUGGAAGGGGGAGGGGUGGAUUUGUGGGCGGUGCUGGGGGUGCGGGUGGGGAGAGGUAUCGGGGACGGGGGAGGGGAGGGUAUAUGGGUGAUAGGGAGGGUGGAUAUGGUGGGAGGGGAGGGGGUGGCGGUGGAAGGGAAGGAGGCGGUGGAGGAGAAGCAUUUGGGGUUGGUGGAGGGACGGGAGGGAAGGGGAGUGUUAUAGGUGGUGGAGGGGAUGUGAUGAGCGGGCCUUUUGGGGGUGGAAGGGUUGUGCAGGAUGUUAGGCGGGCUACUGGGAUUUCGUCGAGUAGUACUGGUGGUGGUGGGGCAGCUUCAAACUCCAGUAUUUCUGGAGGUGGAAGCGGCAGUCGAGGAGUAACUAAUAAUUCUGGAGGUGGAGGCGGCAGCGGAGGUGGGGGAUCAGGAGACAGGAGUCAAGUCAAACAAGAGCCUGGCACACAUGGCGGCGGCGACUUCACAAUGAUGAGUCGAGGCGGCCCCGUCAAGACUGAAGAUGGUGGAUAUGUCUCCAGCGACGAAGAUGAGGAUCCGAAAAUGAACGUAGAUCAGCUAGGUGUUGUCGACCUCACUCUGGGCGAAGACGAUAAUAAUGGCUUCCAACCUGUGCGAAUCAAACGCGAGGAGCACAAAAUCCGCACGCUUGGUCUGAAUGCAGACGGGGCAACGGCCGAAGCAAUCGUUAGUAACGAUGCACCUACCACAGCCUCUAUCACAGCAACGUCAUCAACAGCCAAGACUGCUAAGCUCAAGGGCAAAGACGUAGAGAUCACAGGUGCCAGCGACCCCUUCCACGGCACAUACUCGAGUAGUGACGAGCAGGACCCUCCUAUCAAGAUCGAAACGACGGACGAUGGGCCCCAGCACGUUAUUGCUCCUCCUACACAAGACGCUCUCCCGUCGCCCGAAAGCAGACGGAAAGGAAAGGAGAGACAUAAGGUCCGAGCACUUUCGGGUAGUCAUGCGCCGGAACGGCCUGUAUAUCAGACUAAAGACGAGUUGGAGGAGUGGGAGAGAGGGCAGGAGGAAUUGAGAGUCUUGUAUGAAGAGUUGGGGAUCCAAGCUACUCGUGCUCCUCCUGCUUCAGCUGCGGAUGGUGAUGGUGAUGGUAUGGCGCUAGAUGGUACGGCUGAUGUUCAAACCGAGACGCAGGAUAAGAAGGCAGAUAAAGUCUAUCUUUUCCAAUUCCCGCCUGUGUUGCCGGAUUUGACGGCUAUCAGUGUCAAGCCGGAUCCGGAUGCACCGCCUGCCAAUGCCUCGGAAGAUCGCGUAGCAGAAGAAAAUGGUGGCGAGGCGAUGGAUAUCGACACCGCUCCACCCGCCACAACCACAAACACAUAUACAAACACAGAUGCAGAAGCAACCUCCUCCACCAGAUCAGGCGCAGCAGAAGCAGCUCCUAAGAAACCAGACGGACCAGGUACCCGCCCCCCUCUCCUCCCAACAGGCGCCGUAGGCAAACUCCGGAUCCAUCGUUCGGGCAAGACGACGCUGGAUUGGGGCGGCACGAAGUUGACGUUGGGGAUGGGGACGACGGCGGGGUUUUUGCAGGAUGUUAUGGUUUGUAGUCUGCCAGAUCGAAAGGUUGAUUUGGGUGGUGGAGGAGAUGAGGGGGUGAGUGUAGACAGGGAGGGCGAAAGUGAGAAGGAGAGAGGUUGGGCGGUCGGAAUGGGACAGGUGAAGGGGAAGUUUGUUGUUGUGCCGGAUUGGAGGGAUGUGCUUGGUUGA